GUUUGUGAGAGAAGUCGCUAAGUGAGUGUCCGCAACGAGUGCAUCCUCGGUUUCGGAUCUGCACGCGACAAAGCAUCGCGACUUCCUUCACCUGCACGGUCUCCAUUCACCUUCGCUCCACUUGCCGGCAAACCAUUCACGCACUAGCUUUUGCCUACGGAGGGCUGUUCAACCUUCGGUCUACUCAGAAACAUUCGACCCGCUCUCGAAUUUACACGCAUCUACGCAUCGCCAGCACUCGCGACUUCGUCCACCUUCGAAUUCUCUCUCUGCCGUUCGCUGCACUUUACUUUCGAGCAAACCAUCGCGCCGACGCGCAGCCCAUAUAAGUCGCGAAGAUGAACGCACCAGACAGAUACGAGUCCUUUCUCCUUGGUGAGGGCGAGAAGAAGGUCGAGGUUGAGCAGGAGACUCGCGUCCCAAAUGCCUCCAUGUUCACUUUCAACAAAGAGGACCACACUCUAGGCAACCUGCUCCGCGCAAAGCUCGCCAAAGCCGACCACGUUCUAUUCGCAGGCUACCAAGUUCCCCAUCCACUCUUCGCGACCUUCAAGCUCCGUGUUCAGACUGACGGCGAGAUCACACCAAAGGAGGCGGUCGUCACUGCGUGUCAGGACCUCGUGAAAGAGCUAGGUCAACUCGACCAGGAAUUCACGAAGGAAAUGGAGCUGAAGAAGAUCGCUGGCGCUGGUGGGGAUUUGUGACGGCGUCGCGCGCAAGACAUGGUGGUUUCGUGAUACGACUAGUUGAUGAGCGCUGAGACUCGAAUUUUGUCUCUGAUCGCAAAAGCAUGAGCGUGGCGUUUGGAAAGGAUGGGCUGGAUACGAGACAUGAGAAUCCGUCGCGAGACAUGAUGGCGCGGAACAUGACGCUGCGAAAGACAUGGCACGGCGCAAAAGGCAUAGCGAGCACACAGCUUGCGACUUUGAGAUACCCAUAAACGCGCUGCGGUAAGCAGAGCAGUUUUUCUGCUUCGGAUUCUUGCGUUCCUUCCUUUUCUGUACCCCGCGUCGCCACUGAACUUGAUUCAACCACUCUCACUUAGCUCC